UGUCUUGAUGGGACCAUCCCACUGAAUCCUGUCCUGUUCUUUUCUCGCUCUCUUCCUCUCUUCCUCUAUAGCUCUGUGUUUCUCUCCAUUACUACUGUCCUAAUUGAGAACAAAAGCCUGUGUGUUUUGCGUUUUUGCUCAUGGACCCAGUGUUGGUGCUGACAUCUAAAUCCCACAGUCUCAGUGACCGGUGAUGACGUUGCUUCGGACGUGACUUUCAGCUCGUCUGCGUUCUGGAGUCACCUUGCACUGAGUUCAGACCGAAUCCUUUCGGGUCGCUUUGGAAUUGGUGCCCCCAGGUGUGUGACACGACUGGCAUGGGGUCGGACGUGCGUGACCUCAACACCCUCCUGUCCCCGGUGCCGGCCAUGCCGGCGGGGAACAGCAACUGUGCGCUGCCCGUCAGCAGUGGGCCACAGUGGGCUCCCGUGCUGGACUUCCACACCGGCGCCCCCUACAGCUCGCUGGGCUCCCACUCCUUCAUCAAGCAGGAGCCCAGCUGGGGCUCUGCGGACCCCCACGAGGACCCCCACUGUGGCCUGAGUGCCUUCACCGUGCACUUCUCGGGACAGUUCACCGGCACGGGAGCGUGCAGGUACGGGGCGUUCGGAGCCCCUACUCCCAGCCAGCCUCCAGCCAGCCAACCCAGAAUGUUCAGCAACAGCCCAUACCUGUCCAACUGUGUGGACAGCCAGGCCAGCUCCAGGAGCCAAGGUUACGGCGCGGUCGCUUUCGAUGGGGCCACAAACUAUGGACACACACCAUCCCACCAUGCCUCACAGUUCCCUAACCACCCCUUCAAGCAUGAAGAUGCCAUCUCGCAGCAAAACAACAUGGGUGAACAGCAGUACCCUGUCCCACCGCCUGUGUAUGGCUGCCACACACCGUCGGACAGCUGCACCGGAAGCCAAGCACUGCUACUCAGAAACCCCUACAACAGUAGUGACAAUUUAUACCAAAUGGCAUCUCAGCUGGAGUGCAUGGCGUGGAACCCUGUUAACACCCUGGCGUCCAGCAUUAAGAGUCACACAGGGGGUUACGAGAAUGACCCGAGCACGCCCAUGAUGUACAGCUGCAGCACCCAGUACCGAAUCCACACCCACGGAGUCUUCAGAGGCAUCCAGGAUGUGAGGAGAGUGCCCGGCAUCCCACCUGCCAUUGUGCGCUCGUCAGAGACUAACGAGAAGCGGCCGUUCAUGUGCGCCUAUCCCGGCUGCAACAAGCGGUACUUCAAACUCUCCCACUUACAGAUGCACAGCCGUAAACACACAGGUGAGAAGCCCUACCAGUGUGACUUCACAGACUGUGGCCGGAGGUUCUCCCGCUCAGACCAGCUGAAGAGGCACCAGAGGAGACACACAGGUGUUAAACCUUUCCAGUGUGAGACAUGUCAGAGAAAGUUCUCACGGUCAGACCACCUUAAGACUCACACCCGGACUCAUACAGGUAAAACAAGUGAAAAGCCCUUUAAUUGCAGGUGGCCAAACUGCCAGAAGAAGUUUGCCAGGUCGGAUGAGCUGGUCCGUCACCACAACAUGCAUCAAAGGAACCUGACCAAACUGCAGCUGUCCAUCUGAAGACCGACCAGGACUUCCAGGUGUACGUGAGCAGUGGUGCUGCUCCAGCGCUUGGCUCUUUUAUUGUGGCGUCUCAUUUGCUCCAAGACACCUAACUGAACUUGUGAAGGGCUUGUGGUGUUUAGUUGAUGGGUUGUCUGCAGCGAUUCUGUGGCUGGGGUUUGGGCUGGCUUAGGUUCAAUUUCACCUUCCCAAAUCGCUAUCUGACACAUAAUAAGAAUAAACAUGAAACUGACCUCAGACCUGUAUCACAUACCAUCCCUCAGGGAUGAGGGCAUGGAACCGACCCUACUGAGCACAGACUGAGUUCUGACUCUGCAAAUGAGAACCGACAGGUAGGAACAUCAUAACAACAGCACAGCGACAUGGUACAUUGUGUAGCAGUGUGCUGCGACCCUGAGGCAGUCGAUACUGGCUCCAGCUCUUCCGCCAGCACUUCAGAGCUAGCAUUCUAACACCUUCCCCAAACAGGAAACAACACACUGCAAUUUGCUGUUGAAAUGUAAGGUAAUAAGUGCACGUUAUAUUUACAAUAUUAGCUCUUAGAAAUUCUUAGACUAAUUUAUUACUUUUUUUUUUUUGUAAAUUAAAAUUGUUUUUAAUUGAAUGAACAACUCUUUCUCAUUUUAUUAAACCACAUAUCUAUUGGCCCACUUUGGUAUAUUUUCUUUUAUUUCUGCACCAUAUUGAUCGUAUAAAUGGUCAUGUAGGUAUAAUCCUCUAUGUCCUAGUCUGUGCUGCUUUGUAAAUAGCCUCUCUCUUUAAUCAUAAGUGAUUCAGUUUUGAGGAGGUCACACUGGCUAUGUGACUACGGUAUGUGGUCAUGUUGUAAAUAUUACUGUCAGUCCACAGCUGGAAUAAGAUUAAAAAAAAAAAAAAAACUUUUUAUGGAAAAUGUGACUCACAUUAGUGAAAUGUAAAAACUACUUGGAUGGACUUGUUCUUUUUCUUAAACUGUGUGUUUAACUGUAUCAUAUGAGUAUAUACAGUAUGUUAUU